AUGAUAGCAGCUUCGAUACCAAGCAAAGCCACCGUGGGCGGACCUGCGGUGCGGCUCGCCAGGACUGCGACGCUCUACCAUGCCCCGUCACACAUCAACGGGCUGAGGCUCGUCUGUGCUGCGUCGCAAUCCCAUGCGGCCCCUCGAUACUUCUCGACAACAUCAAGAACCCAACUUCGGGACUUCUUUCCAAAAAGGGAGACUGCCCAUAUCCAGACAACCCCUGCAGCCUGGCCCCAUCAUGGCUACACCAUGGAAGAGAUGAAGGCGGUGGUGCCCGCUCAUCGCAAGCCCGAGGGCCUGGUCGACUGGGCCGCUUGGAAGGUCGUCCGCAUAGCCAGGUUCUGGAUGGACUUGGCCACGGGGAUGCAGAGAUCCCAGCAGGUGGACAAGAAGAAUCCCACGACAGCUGUCGCGGCUGAAAAGCCCCUGACAGAAGCACAAUGGCUCAUCCGCUUCGUCUUCCUGGAGAGCAUUGCCGGCGUGCCAGGGAUGGUGGGCGGUAUGCUUCGACACCUCAACUCCCUCCGCCGCAUGAAGCGCGACAAUGGGUGGAUCGAGACGCUGCUCGAGGAGAGCUACAACGAGCGCAUGCACCUGCUCACGUUUAUGAAGAUGUGCGAGCCCGGGUGGUUCAUGAAGACCAUGAUCAUCAUCGCCCAGGGCGUCUUCUUCAACGCCAUGUUCGCGACGUACCUGGUCGCGCCCAAGGUCACGCACCGCUUCGUUGGCUACCUGGAGGAGGAGGCGGUACAUACCUACACGAGGGCCAUCAAGGAGAUCGAGGAAGGCUCGCUGCCCAAGUGGUCGGAUCCGGACUUUCAGAUCCCGGACAUUGCGGUUCAGUACUGGAAGAUGCCCGAGGGCCAUCGCACGAUGAAGGACCUCAUCCUGUACAUCCGCGCCGACGAGGCCGUCCACCGGGGCGUCAACCACACACUGGGCAACCUAGACCAGGCUGAGGAUCCGAACCCCUUUCUGAGCGACUUUAAGGAUCGCGAGAUGCCCAAGCCAGCGCUGAAGAGUGCUGGCUACGAGCGUAGCGAAGUCAUCUGA